AUGAAAAUAAUUGGCCAGGAGACAACCAAAACAUCAUGGGAUGACUUGAAGCAAGAAGGAAUUGUAAAAACAAUAGAGACCAAUAAUGGUGAAAUAAUCGAUUGUGUUAACAUAGAUAAGCAACCAUCAUUUGUUAAUUCUCUAAUUAAGGAUUUACAGCUCGAUAAAGGUGAAAUAAUUGAUUGUGUUGAUAUCUAUAAACAACCAGCAUUUGAUAAUCCUCUGAUAAAAGAUUUACAGAUGGAACCUAAUUACUAUCCUUUUGGAAACAAAUUGGAUUCAAAUCUGACAUUAAAAAUGCUUCAAGAUUGGCAUAAAUAUGGAGAAUGUCCAGAAGGUACUAUCCCGAUAAGAAGAAGAAAAAGUUAUGACCAUCCUUACCACAAAAGGCGUUCUCUCAUGAUGCGACAACAAAUCAAUCAAAGUUUUAGUAAAGAUAUCGGUCAUGAGCAUGCUAUAGUAAGUGAUCAAGGAUCUUCUUACUAUGGAGCCAGUGGAAUAUUUAAUGUAUGGAACCCUCAGACAGAAGAUAACGAGUUUAGCUUGUCCCAAAUGUGGAUCGUUACAAGUUAUAAUAAGGAAGAUUUUUACAACAAUCUCAACAGCAUUGAAGUUGGAUGGGCGGUCAAUCCAAUUACUUACAAAGAUAAAGAAACAAGACUCUUCAUAUAUUGGACGAACGAUGGGUAUAGUAGAACAGGAUGCUAUGAUCUUAAUUGCAAAGGUUUUGUCCAAACAAGUAGUACGCAUGCAUUAGGCAUGGAAAUAAAACCAGUGUCGACAUUUGGUGGAGAAUCGAGGGUGAUACCAAUUAACGUAUUCAAGGAUAAAAUGGGAGAUAAAUGGUGGCUUCAAGUGCUAGGUUCCAUAGUAGGGUAUUGGCCUGCAGUUAUCUUUCCCGACUUAAAAAACAAUGCUAAUCUUGUCGAAUGGGGUGGGGAGAUCUUGAAUCGAAAAAAUGAUGGAUACCAUACGACUACUCAAAUGGGUAGUGGUAAAUUCCCCGAAAAAGGCUUUAGUCAAUCAUGUUACAUUCAUUCCUUAAAAGUACUUGAUGAUGGUUUAGUUCCGAGAGAUCCAGGAAACUUGGUAGAUAACGAUGAAAUAAUUGAUUGUGUUGAUAUCUAUAAACAACCCGCAUUUGACGAUCCUCUAAUCAAAAAUGAUUUCCAGAUGGAACCUAGUUCCUAUCCUUUUGGAAUGAAAUUGGAUUCAAAUUUGACAUUAGAAAUACUUCAAGAUUGGCACAAAAAUGAAGAAUGUCCAGAAGGCACCGUGCCUAUAAGAAGAAAUACAAGUUAUGGCAAUUUUCACCCGAUUAAGUCUUCUCAUUUUAUGCGUCAACAAAUUAAUCAAAGUCUUAGCCAAGUGGGCGAACACCAGUAUGCUUUAGUAAUUGAUGGAGGAUCUCCUUACUAUGGAGCCUCUGGAGUAUUUAAUUUAUGGAACCCUAGGACAGAAAAUACCGAGUUAAGCUCGUCUCAAAUGUGGAUCAUUACAAGAUAUGAUAACGAGUACGACAAUUAUAACACCAUUGAAGUGGGAUGGAUGGUUUAUCCAGAACUUUACAAAGAUAAACAAACAAGACUCUUCAUAUGUUGGACGAGAGAUGGAUACCAAACAACUGGUUGCUAUGACCUUACUUGCAGCGGUUUCGUCCAAACAAAUAGAAACUAUGCAUUUGGCUUGCCACUAAGACGAGUUUCAAUAGAAGGUGGAGAAAUGAGAGAGAUAUCAAUUGACGUAUUCAGGGAAGAACAUAGAUGGUGGCUUCUAGUGCAUGGUACCAUAUUAGGUUAUUGGCCCACGGCUAUCUUUACGGAUUUAAAGAAGCAUGCUAAUAUUGUCGAAUGGGGUGGAAAGAUCGUGAAUAACAAAAAUUAUGGCUACCACACAAGUACUCAAAUGGGUAGUGGUGAAUUCCCAAAUAAAGGCUUUGGUAAAUCAUGUAACAUUCAUUCCUUAAAAGUGCUUGAUGGUGGUUUAAUUCGACGAGAUCCUGGAAACUUGGGAAAAAUAAUAACGAAGCCGGCAUGCUAUGACUUAACACUUACAAAAAACAGGGGAUCAUCAUUUGAAACACAUAUAUUCUUUGGAGGUCCGGGAUUUUCUCCAACAUGUCUAUGA